GCAACACGCAAAAAAAAAAAAAAUCUCUGCAACUCCAAGAACUCUGGUUACCAACUGCCAACGAGCAAGCAAGCUUCGACUGAAAUCAAGAACAAGAAAUCACCAAAUUCAGAUCUGAGACAACAAGUUAUUCACCCAACGAAAAUGGGAAAAGAAACUAGCAGCAGUUCCUUUUCAGUGUUGAACUUGCUGAAUCAAACGGUUUCAGAACCUCACUAUCUCUUCCAUUUCUUAACCUUUUUCUCCUACAUCGUCGUUCGCUGCUCCGCAUCGCAAGUUUUAGCGCCUCACCUCAUUCAAAUUCUCAUCCGUCGCGAAAUACAAACGCUGUUAGCUUUUGCUGUUUUGGCUUUUAUCAAGGGUAUUAGAGAAGAGACAUGGGAAGCAUUCAUAGCUGAUGCACUUUUCAUUGCCAAGAUUUGUCUUUUUGUCCUUACCUUUACAAUGGAUCGCCGCAUAGCCGUUUGGUAUGUUCUUGUAUUUUUAGUUAUACAUGUGCUGACACAACAACCUUCAUCUCAAGGACUAGGCACUUGUAGCAAGCUAACACCAUUGUUGUUGGAAAGCCUGCUAACAGAGGGGAACACUACAAAAUAUUGGCUGGUGGAAUUCAGUGCUUCUUAUUCAUCUGCUUGCAUUCGAUCAAGUCAACAGUUUCCUGAGCUCUCAAUUACAUAUUCAAACAAACUUUUAUCAUUUGGAAUAGUUGAUCUUGGACUCUUUCCCAAUGCAGCUGAAAAAUUUGGAGUAUCUCUCAGUGGAAGCAUGGGCCAGCUCCCAACAUAUAUCUUAUUCGAGAAUGCAGCUGAGGUUACCCGCUUUCCAGAGUUGAGUUCCGAAACAACAUAUUUCAACCCUACAAUUACUAAGGGACUACUUUCUCGCCAUUUUGAGCUGGAUCGGCACCUUCUCGAAUAUGUUAAUGGUAAAUAGGUAAUUGGUCUGCCCUCAUGCUGAUAUGGUUCCUUCUUUGUAUCCUUGUAAUGUUGUAAUCAUUGAGAGUUUUUUGUUGUUUAUAGGAUGUAAGGAUAUAAUGGUGCAAAUUGUUGCCUGAAAUUCAGUCUCUAGUCUCUUUGUACUCUAAUUUUUGCUUACUAUUAGACUAUGUACAAUGGUUACAUUAUUCAACACCCUACUUUUUCACUUUUUAUCUUCCACAUCAUCUUCUCUCUCUUCCACCUAAUAAUUCAACACCUAUUCAAUUUUUUUUCACUACAAUGGUUUUGUUUAAUAAAAUUCAAC